CCACUCAACUCCCCACAAGACAUUAAGCCCUAAGACUACUCCCAGAUAUAUCAUUAGAGAUAUUUAUCUAAGAUGUAUUUUAAAACCGCUAUCGUCUCUGCCGUUGCGCUCCUUUUCGCUGGCCAGGCUAUGGGCGCCGCCCUCAUCGCUUCUAACCCAGGUGCCGCCUGUAACUGCCCGAAGAACUGCUCGCAUAAAGAUGGCUCUAGUUGCAAGUAUUAUAUCGGUCCCUCUGGCAGUUCCCCGGUUGUGUCUGGUACAUGCCGUAACCAAAACGGAAGACUGAUGAAGGUCUCCAGCGCUGAUCGUCUGGAUAUCUCGACACACGAGCUCGAAAUGGGGAAUAUAAAACAUAGAAAAAUCCAGCGGGAUCUUGUAUCGUAUACUACGGAGUGAUGUUAGUUUUCAUGCUUUUAUGACUUUAUAUAUUAGCAUAAACCGGUCAUUACUACAUAUUUCUAUGCUCUGCCUAAGAUACCUGUGUAUCGUUCAGGCGUCCAAAGCUUGUUGCAAGCUUCAAACAGUUAUUAUAAAAUAUAUAACCAAGGGUCUUAGAUUA